GCAAAUGCUGUUGUAUAUUUUUACUAUUUUGUUAUUUAAAAUGUUUGAUCGAAGUUUCCCAUUUUAAAACAGUCAAUCUUUCUUGAAAUUUUGAAUAAUUAUUAAAAGAAGAAGCAUUUGUAUAAAAGUCAUUUGUUUCAAAAUUAAAAUUGUAUUAAAAUUGUUUUGUACGGAGCACAAGUGUAUGAAUAUCCUUACGUUUAUUUGUAUUUAUCAGUUUUUGUACUUCAAGUUUUAUGAAAAAAAUUUAUAAAAUAUAAAAUUUUAUAAUAUAUAAACGAAGGAAAAGAAAAUUUAAGACAUUAUGGAUCAAAAAUCAUCAAGAUCUACAAAAAUGGAAGUAGAAGAUAUGCAAUGGCCAAGUGAAAGAGUUGCUAAAGGUGGUAUAUAUCAUCCACCAAAAGUUCAAUAUAGCAAAGAAACUAAUGAUUUAUUAAAUCUUCUAAUGACAGAAUCACGUUUAUCAAUGUCACUUCGUAAAAAACUUAAUUAUCAUUUGCGUCAAGGUGAUCCAUUACCAUUACCAGAAAUAAAAAAACCUGGACGUACAGAAGAAGAACAAAUUGCAUUGGAAAUAUUACAAAGAGCACAAAAUCAUAAAAAAAGAUCUUUAGAUAUAAUUAGAGCAAGUGGUGCAUAUGAACAGGAUCGUUAUCGUCCACCACCAAAUCUAAGAGUUCCAACUGAUCUUGCUAAAUUAAAAUUACAAGAAACAAUGUGUGGUCAUAAAUUACCAUUAACACAUAAUAAAAUUAAAUAUAGACCAUCAAUGUAUAAAAAGAAACAAGAAGAAAUUUCUUAUGAAGAACAAAUUGAUGAAAUUUUACAAGAAAUUGAUGAAAGAGCUGAUUGGUUAGCUGAAAUGGAUCAAAUUGGUGAAGGACAAAAAUAUCGUGGUUUAAUACAACAGCAAAUAGCAUCAAAACUUCGUGAAAUCCGUGCAUUACAACGACGAAUGGAUGAUAUUGAAAAACUUGAAAAAAUGAAAGAAAUUGAAGAUUUUAAUUUAAAAUUAAAAUUACGGAAUCAAGAAACAGCCGAAAAGAAAGAAAUAAUUAAAUAA